AAAUAAAAGUUAAUUUAAAAAGAAUUAUUUUUAAGGAAAUAUCUAAAUCAAAAUGUAUUAUUGUCAAUUGCACGAGUUUUUAGACUAUUGAGAGAAUCUGAUUUGACAGAUAACAAUUCCGCACUCACUAACACCAUCACAUCCCGAGUAGCAAAGACCGUGGUUUUAAUAUAACCGAACAAUGAUUUUAAAUUUAACAAUAAACUUCAUCCUAAUAUCUUAAUCUUAAUCAACCACUUUAAAUCUUGAAAUCGUCAUAAUUUUAAUGGUAACCGUGAAAUAUAUCGUUUAUUCAUUGUACUUCAUAGUUGCCGAAUGUGUCAGAAACAUGAUAUAACAGCAAUUUUCUUGUGAUUUUUAUGGAUACAGUGAAUUUGAUGGUAAAAUUGUAAUCCAAACCAUACGAAAAUUGAUAAAUUUUUCCUAUUUUUACUUCUUUCGAAUUAUCCGUGUAAGAAUUUGACGCAUAACACGUUUUUUUUUGUCGGACAUUUUUCGCUCGAAGCCAACGAAUAUAAAACGGAUUUGAUAGUGUUCUAACUCAAGGAGGUGGAGGAUUUUAUCUCCAGCAUUGCAACCAACGACCAGUGAAAAUAUCUGCAAAUAUGUUUAGCGGAGAUGGUUAUUUGGCAACAAUCAGCAUACCUCAGAGGGUAAUGCACAUUCAAUCGGAGCCAUACGAGGAAGAGCUCACCUGUAUGAGCAUUUUCCGGAAUGACAGUGAACUGGCAGUGGAUUCGUCGGAAGGAAACUUUCACAUCUUCAACUCGGGUGAGUUUGAAUAUUGCAGUGACGCAUUCACCGGACCGAAAGCCGGGGUCAACAAAAUUGUUCCCAUCGGCGAACAAAUAGCUGUGAUCAGAUGUGAGGAUGGAUUUCUGCUGGCAAUGACGAAAUCAUCCCGGGGCUGGAGGAGAUGGACCAGAUAAAGAUGUGCCAAGGCCGUGGUUGCGCAAAGGAGCCCACCCAAUACGCCGUGCAAAAUGUGACAAAUUAUAAAAAUAUUCAAAUGAGUAUAUCAUUGUGCCAAAGAAAACCGUUUAAAAAAAUAAAUAUUCUUGAAAACAAA